CGGAGCCGGGCUGCUGCACUGAGGUCGCCCCGGGGUCGGCCCCAAAUGCUAUGCGCCGCGCCAACAUUUUGCGCCGGCAGAGGCUUCGGUGUGUCGGCGCCGCGCGCGCCUUCUCCUUGCUAGUUGCCCAAACCAGGCCGCGAAGACAGGCCGCAGGGACCGCCCGCUGGUGGCUUCAAUUCCAGAGGCGUUUCGUUGUCUCCUUGCACACUUGUGCACUUCGCGC